ACAGUCCCAGCGAGGACAGUGCCCGGGGAGCACAGAGGGCUCUCCAGCUCAGGAACACUCGCCUUGCACAGGGCGGCCCCUUGCUGCGCCCCCACCCGAAGAAGGCCGCGCCAGGAGGCGCUAUGCCCCAGAACGUGGUCCUCCCGGGCCCUGCGCCCUGGGGCUUCAGGCUCUCGGGGGGCAUAGACUUCAACCAGCCAUUGGUCAUCACCAGGAUUACUCCAGGAAGCAAGGCGGCAGCUGCCAACCUGUGCCCUGGCGAUGUCAUCCUGGCCAUUGAUGGCUUCGGGACGGAGUCCAUGACUCACGCGGACGCACAGGACAGGAUCAAAGCAGCGGCACACCAGCUGUGCCUCAAAAUUGACAGGGCGGAAACUCGCCUAUGGUCUCCACAGGUUUCUGAAGAUGGGAAGGCGCAUCCUUUCAAAAUCAACUUAGAAUCAGAACCACAGGAUGUGAACUACUUUGAACACAAGCACAACAUUCGACCCAAACCUUUCGUAAUUCCAGGCCGGAACAGUGCAUGCAGCACGCCGUCUGGCACUGACGGUGGCAGCGGACGUAGCACCCCUUCUUCUGUCAGCACCAUUAGUAGUAUUUGCCCAGGUGACUUGAAAGUCGCUGCUAAGAUGGCCCCUAACAUUCCUUUGGAAAUGGAACUUCCUGGUGUGAAGAUUGUACACGCUCAGUUUAAUACACCUAUGCAGUUGUACUCAGAUGACAAUAUUAUGGAAACCCUGCAGGGUCAGGUUUCAACAGCGCUAGGGGAAGUCCCCCCACUGAGUGAGCCCACAGCCUCGGUGCCCCCACAGUCGGAUGUGUACCGGAUGCUCCAUGACAAUCGGGGUGAACCCUCGCAGCCUCGCCAGUCGGGCUCCUUCCGGGUGCUCCAGGAAUUAGUCAACGACGGCCCCGAUGACCGUCCGGCGGGGACUCGGAGUGUGAGGGCUCCAGUUACAAAAGCCCACGGUGGUGCUGGCAGCACACAGAAGAUGCCACUCUGUGACAAAUGUGGGAGUGGCAUUGUCGGGGCUGUGGUGAAGGCCCGCGAUAAGUACCGGCAUCCCCACUGCUUCGUGUGUGCUGACUGCAACCUCAACCUCAAGCAAAAGGGCUACUUCUUCGUGGAGGGGGAGCUGUACUGCGAAACGCACGCGAGAGCCCGCACGAGGCCGCCGGAGGGCUACGACACCGUCACUCUUUACCCCAAAGCCUAAGUCUUACGCAUACCGCAGCACGCACGCACGCACGCACGCGCACUUACACAGGAAGACGUUAAUGACUUUGGGCAGAAAAAUAGCACACUGCUGAGUCCCAAUCUAAAACCAAGGCUUUUAGAUGUUUAUCUUACUGUGUCCUCAAGCGAAGGGACGGGAGGCACAUUCUUGCUAUAGCGCAAACAUACUGCCAGCUAUGUUUUGCAACUCUUACUCUUUGGAGCUAGCAGUAACCGAAUGGCAUUUAAACCAAUAAUGUUUUUGUAUGUCGUGUUUCACAAUUUAAGUUUAUAUGAUGACCAUCAACCAUGUAAACGUCAAGCUAUUGGGGAGAGACUAAUUUUCUUUCCUUAACAAGCUGAUUUAGCAAUUGUAUUAAAUACCAAGUGAUCACCUUGUAUCCUAACACAA